AUGUCUUCCUUUUUUUAUAAUAUUUUCCUCUAUCUCUCUUUUCCCCACUCAAUUUCUCUCACUCUCUCUCUUAAUCUAACUCGUUCUCUCUCUAUCAAUCUCUCUCUUUCUUUCCCUCUUUGUUUAUCUCUCAAUUUCCCUCUAUCUCUCCCUAUAUAUAUUUCUCUCUCUCUUUAUUUCUUGCUUCCUCUAUCUCUUUCCUUCUUUCUCCCUCAAUUUCUCUCUCUCUCUCUCUGUCUCACUCACUUUGUCUUUCUCUUUAUAUUUCUCUCUCUCAAUUUCUCUCUCUGCCUUUAUACUUCUCUCUCUCUCUCUCUCUCAAUUUCUCUCUCUCUUUCUCACUCACUUUCUCUCUCUUUAUCUUUCUCUUUUUAUCUCUCACUUUCUUUCUUUCUCUUUCUCUCACUUCUUCUCUCCUUUUAUCUCUCCUCUUCGCUCUCUUCCUUUCUCUCUUUCUCUCUCAUAGAAAAAUAG